AUGGUGUCCGAUGUUGCUAGUGGUAAAAGUUUAAUACCACUUAGACCCCGUAACAAAAGAGUUUUUGUCAUCCUUGAUGAUGUGGAUGACGAGAAACAGUUACAUGCUUUAGCAGGAAAAGCCAAAUGGUUUGGCAGUGGGAGUAGGAUCCUUGUUACUACAAGAGAUAGCCAUUUUCCGACUCCCAGAUUAGGUUGGGAUCAUGUGUCUGUGUAUGAAGUUAAAGUGUUGGAUGACGGUGAAGCUCGUGAGCUACUUGGAAAGCAUGCUUUUCCGACAUACCAAAAAUUAGAAAGUAGGACAGAUCUAGUGCGUGGUUUUCUAAAUCAUGCUAAAGGCCUGCCUUUAGCACUUGAGGUGUUGGGUUCCUUAUUACGUGGUACAACAGAAGAUGUAUGGGAAAGUAUACUAAAGAGACUUUCCACGACUCCUAACCAAAAGAUUAAUAAUGUGCUCAAAGUGAGUUAUGAUGGACUAGAGAAAAAUGAGCGAGAGAUCUUUCUCCAUGUUGCAUGCUUCUUUAAGGGGCGGGCAAGAGAUUAUACAGAGAGCGUUCUUGAUAGUUGUGAUCUUCAAACAACUGCAGGAUUUGAUACUCUUAUUAAGAGGUCCUUGAUAAGAAUUGAGCAUGGAAACCUACAAAUGCAUGACUUGAUUCAAUCGAUGGGUAUGCAUAUGUGCAUGAGACGCAGUAGACUCUGGCUAUAUGAGGAUGUUCUUGAAGUUCUAUCGCGCGACAUGGGAGAUUGUGCUGUAAAAGCCAUAGUGUUGGAGCUACCUAAGCCGAUGGAGAUAUGUAUUGGUCCUGUUGCUUUUACAAAAAUGAGAAAUUUGAGAUUGCUUAUCCUGUGCAAUGUUUCUUUCCAAGGUCCUAUACGUCUUCCUAAUCAGCUAAGAUGGUUGGGAUGGGCUGAAUGUAGUCCCUGGAUUCCAGAAUUUUCCUCUGGUCCAAAUAAAUUAGUGGUACUUGAUAUCCGCGGAGGCAGAAUGGAAGGAGAGCCAAAACUAUUUGAGAUGCCAGGAGAGCCAAGACAAUUUGAAGACUUCCAAAAUCUGAAGCACAUUAGUUUCUGUCUAUGCAACUCUCUAGUUUGUACCCCCGACCUCUUGGGUAUUCCGAAUCUUGAGGAAUUGGAAUUCCAGCUUUGCUCCAACUUGGUAGAAGCACACAAGUCAAUUGCAUAUCAUGACAAGUUACGGGUGUUGAAAAUACAUAAGUGCUUUAAACUUAGUGUUUUUCCGAUGCUCAAGUCAAAAAGUCUCCAAGUUCUCAGUCUUGCAGAUUGCAAAAAAUUUGAAAGGUUCCCCGAUAUUCCACAUAAACUCGAAGGCCUGAAAGAGCUUAAUUUAGAUGGGACUGCUAUUAAAGAACUUCCUCCGUCAAUAGAACAUCUUGUCUCAUUGCAGAGAAUGAGCAUAUGUCGUUGCAUGAACUUGAAGAGUCUUCCGUCUAGCAUUUACAAGUUACAAAACCUUGAAGAGUUGAAAAUUCGCUAUUGCCCAAGGUUAGUCAGGUUCCCAAAGUAUGAGGAUUUAGCUGAUCCGCACAUAAAGACCGGACUUUCACAUUUACGCUCAUUAGAUUUUCGUCAAGGUCGCUUAUCCGAAGUAGAGUUUCUUGAGAAUCUUUCGUGUUGUCCCCUCUUAAGAGAGUUAGAUCUGUAUGAGAAUGAAAUUACGAGCCUUCCUACAUCCUUGCACAAGCGUGAUCAUUUGUCCGUAUUGAGGGUUUCAUGUUGCCGUCGAUUACGAGAGAUUCCCGAGCUUCCAUCCUCUUUGAAUUGUUUUCAGGCGAUGGAUUGCGAUCUGGAGAAAAGUGGACAUUUAACUUCUUUUGAUAAUUUUGUCCGUAGAGGGUUGAUCCUGCCUGCUAUUUCCUCACUUGGCCAGGAGAGUCCUUAUUACAAUAUUUUAAUCCCUGGAGUAGAGAUGCCGGAGUGGGUCCUCCCUUUUGAAGGGGAUUCAAUAUCUUUCAUGGCUUCAGAGGAUUUGUAUCGCAAGUUUCUUGGAUUGGUUCUCUGUUUUGUUUUCUGUGGAUACUCUUAUGAUGGAGGGGAUACUAUUUUGGAGAUUGAACCAUAUGUUAAUGGCAAAAGUCUGGGUACCCUUCAAAAACGUUUCGUUUAUAUGGACUCGGUUAAUAUCUAUCUUGAGUAUACCGUGCCAUUUAAUCUGUUUGGAGAAGUCGAUUUUGGUCAAAUUGAGGGGAGUUAUGUACAAUUUAGCCUUAGAGUAAAGAUUGACGAUAUUGUGACAAAGGGACUUCAAAUAAUAUGCAAGCCACUACAGGACGAUUUAAAGAUUGAGAUUCGGGACAAUCACCUAAUGGAUCUAGCAUUACUGAUGGAGGUUGAUCUUGAAUCAACAUAUUCAAAAGUCGAGACCUCAGAAUCAAUUGAUUUAGAAGCUGAGAGUUUACUUGUGCACAAAGAUUAUUCAAGUGAAGCAGGUCCUCCGGAAGACUUGCAAGAUUGUCAAAUGAGAAGUGAGGAACAUAGUCAAAUAGUAGUGAAAUCAGGAGCUUAUUCUCACUUGAGGGAUGCGAACGAAGACCGUGUGGACUUCUAA